AUGUCAUUUGAAUGCAGGAUCUGUCUAAAUUCUCAAAAUCAAGAAAACAUUAUCUCACCAUGCAAAUGCAUGGGGUCUGGCUAAUGUUGUUAGGUCUAACUGGCUUUACGGCUCUACCUGGCAGUCCGCUCUACCUCGUACUAAUUAUAAAUAAUUUGAUAUUAAAAAUAAUUUUAACUUUCGUUUCUCUUAUAUUCCCACAAGUCUACCUUUCUAUAUUUAGUUAAAUUGCUGAUUUUGCAGUAUGCAACCUAGCUUGAUUAAACAAUGCUAUAAUAUAAAAAAUAUUCUUAUAAUAUAAAUUCAUUUCUCUGGAAACAUUAAAUUGAUAAUAUUGUAAAAAAGCACACUGUUUCACUUACUCCCCCCCCCCCUCCGUGAGCGAACAAAAAAUUUUUGUUCGCUCACGGAGGGGGGUUAAUUUUUAUUUUUUAAAAAAAAAUUAUAUAUAAAUUUUUAAUUGUAAAAUAAUAUUUUUUUAUAAGUUGAAAUUAUUUUAAAAAUAUUAUGGGGGGAGAGUAAGGGAAUUUCCCAAAAAAAAAAGAAUACCAUUUGAUUAAAGGUAAAACACAGCUUUAAUUUUUCAAUAAUUUAAUAAUCAAUAAAGCUAUUAGUAAUAAAUAUAUGCAUUCAGUUAAAAUAUUUUAUAUAUUUUCUUAUUUAAUAUAAUAAGCAAAUUCUCUAUAAAUCAUAAUAAAAAUGUACAAAGGGAAAAGAAAGUACAUUGAAAUUUGGCAGAAAGUUGAAAUUGCUGAAUUUUACAUUCAACACCAAAAUGAGAUGAGCAUGAGAGAUGUUGCUGCAAAGUUUCAUGUCAACUCCUUUAGCUCGAUUUCCGAAUGGGUGAAUAAGCUUGAUGAGUUGAAGAAAUCAGUAAAAUCUGAUAAAAAAUUAAAAUUAGAAAGCUUCACUCAAUUUCCAGAGCUAGAGAAAGAACUAGUUCAUUGGUUUACUGCAAUCCGUGAGCAAGGUAUUCAGGUUCUCAGAUCAACGAUUGAGGAGAAAGCAAAAAGUUUGGCGGCAGAAAUGGGAUUGGCGCGAUUCGGCUGUGGAGAUAAAUGGUGGCAAGGAUUUAGGACCAGAAAUAAUUUAUCUUUCAGAAAAAUCAAUGCCUCAAGCAUUAAGCCAAUCGAAAAAGAGGCAGAACUUGUCAGGCAAUACCUAGAUGAUUUAGCGUCAUUGCUUCCUCAAUUCGUUCCAUCUAACAUUUACAAUUUCGAUGAAACGAGAUUUGAUUGAGAUGUAAAAAGCAAGUUCACUUAUGAUUUCAAGGGAACUCAACGAAUUCUAGGCGUUCAAUCAGCUAAAAUGAACCAUUUUAUCACUGUUAUGCUUAUGAUUAGAGCUGAUGGAGAAAAAAUGCCUGCUUUGCUCAUUUUUCAAGAGAAAAAUGGCCAGAUCCCGAACCUUGUAAGAGAAAGACUGAAUAUUCCAGAAAAUGUCAUCAUAAAAUCAAAUAAAUCUGGCUACAUUUCUGACCAGAUUCUCAGAACAAUAUUGAGACGAGAAAACCAACUGCUGAUUUAUGAUCAGGCUGGAAGUCAUAAAACUAUCAUGAUUUCUAAUGCAAUUUCAGAUUUAGAUGCAACCAAAAUUGUGAUCCCUGGAGGGUGCACAAAGUAUUUGCAACCACUUGACGCACUGGUAAUUGCAAAUUUCAAAUCAAAAACAACAGAUUUCAGAAUCAAAUUCCAACAGAGCAGAUUGAAAGAAGAUCGAAAAGAACUGGAAACCUCAAAGCUCUUGAUCGCCAGCAACUGAUAAACAUUGCUUCAAAGGCGUGAGAUGCUGUAAGCCCUCAACUUGUCAGAAAAUCAUUUGAGUUGACGGGUUCUUAUGGCGUUAAUCAUCCAAAGAUUUUCAGCCAUCAAGUUAAUAUGAAGAAGUUAAUUAUCUAAUCGAUUUCUUCUAUUCAUUUUUUUGUCUUAAAUUUAAAAUUGUUAAAUUCAACCUUUUCACUUAUGGUAUUCUUUUUUUUAACCCUUUGAAUAAUAUAUCAAACAAACUUAAUAAUUAUUUUUCAAUAUUAUCCUCUUUAUUUGUAUUAAAUAUAGAUAUAAUAAACUAUAUAUAAAAUUAUAUGUAAAAAAAUUUUUUGUUCGCUCACGGAGGGUGGGUUUUUGACCAAAAAAUAGGGAUUUUUCUAAUGGUUUUGUUCGCUCACGGAGGGGGGGGGGAGUUAGAGCAUAAGUAAUUCUAAUUAAUUGAGCCUUUUAUUAAUAGAAUCACUGUUAUUAAUGAGUUUAUGAAUAUUUAUAUUGCCUGAAAAAGACUAAUUUUAUUCUUAAAUUUUGAAGAAUAAUCAAAUUUUCAUUUAAAUGCAAAAUAAUACUCUCAUUUUAUAUAUCUAUCAUUUCCUUCUAAGCCUUUAUGGUAGGACCAGACUGCUAAACUGCCAGUUUAGCCAGGCUGGCAGGUAUAGCCUGCUUCCAGAGCCAGAUAGAUUCAGGAGAGCCAGACUUCCAGACAGAGCCAGGUAGAGCAAAACUGCCAGUAGAGCCAGAUUGACCUAGCCAGGUUUUUCCAGGGGUCAAUUAAGUAUGUUCACGAAGCAUGCUUACAAAAAUGAUUAAAAGAAAAAUACAAAUUUCGAAGUUUGCUGGCUAGGUCAAGAGCAGAAAACACAGGCUUAGCAUGUGAAUUAUGCAAAUACGAGCUUAAAGGAAGCGUAAAGUUUAUGCCAUUCUUGCAAAUACUCAAAACAAUUAGGAGAAGCCAGUCAUUCUAUUGUGCAGCUAUCAAUAUCCCUGUCAUUCUCUAUAUAAUUUAUAGAUUGAAAUUCCUUUUCACCAAACUUAUUAAGACAAUAAGAAAAAAGAAAGUUAUAAUCCAGCUCCAAGAAACUUUAUCAAGAAAGAUUUUUAUGUAUCUGAAAUUACAGCUAACGAUCUGGAUAAGACUCGUACCAAUUUCUGUCUUAAGCAUGUCUCUACCAAUAAUAAUUUUUACUACAUGUGUCCUUAUAAAGUCAAUAAUCGCAGAGUGCAAAAUCUACGAAAUCAAAAAUUACGAGCCGAAUAAAGGAAAUAAUAAUAAAUAA